GGUAGGGCAGGAGCCCGGAGCGGGAGCAGCUGGAAGAGCCGCGCUGCUGAACCGAAACCGAAACCACGGCGGCGACCCCGCCAAGGGGGUGCGAAGGCGUCGCCGCGGUGUGAUCCGGGGGGACUGACGGGUUCCGAGGUCCAGGAGCACGAGGGUGCUUGAUUUUGUUUUAAUUGCUAAGCCACAAAGACUGCAGCCAUGUCUCUGGAAGACAUCCACAUGAACACCAAGGAUUUGCUUGAGAAAAAGCAACUAGAUGCUGGAGGAUUUGGAACAAUUUCUUUAUGCUUGCACAAGAAAUAUGGAUUUGUAGUAUUAAAAAAAGUGUAUACAGGACCACAGCGCACUGAGUACAAUGUUUCCCUUCUUGAAGAGGGCAGGAUUAUGCGCAGACUGCAGCAUGACCGCGUGGUAAAGCUGCUUGGAGUCAUUUUGGAAGAUGGAAACUACUCACUUGUGAUGGAGUACGUGGACCGGGGAAACAUGAUGAAAGUGCUGCAGAAUCUCUCACUACCUUUGUCAGUGAAAGGGCGUUUCGUGCUGGAAAUCACUGAAGGAAUGCUUUAUUUGCAUGAGCAAGGCUUUGUACACAAAGACCUAAAACCAGAAAACAUCCUUGUGGACAGAGACUUCCACAUUAAGAUUGCAGAUCUCGGUGUUGCCUCUUUUAAGAGCUGGAGCAGACUGACCCAAGAAGAAACUGUCCGACAGAAGCAAAUGAAGAGCACCUACCAGAACAAUGCUGGGACUCUUUUCUAUAUGGCCCCAGAGCAUUUACGCUGUGUUAAUGCUAAACCAGUGGAGAAAUCAGAUGUUUACAGCUUUGGCAUUGUGAUCUGGGCAAUUUUUGCUAACAAAGAGCCAUAUGAAAAUGGCAUAAAUGAAACCCAGAUUUGCUUUGGCAUCAUGAAUGGAAACAGACCAGACAUAAAGGAGAUCACUGAUAAAUGUCCAGUGCAAGUUAUUGACUUAAUGAAGCAAUGCUGGGAUGAAGAUUCAGAGAAACGUCCAACCUUUGCAGAAAUCAGUGAAAGAUACAAGCCAUUUUACUAUGAAGAGCUAGGAAAAAAUAUUGAAGAAGAUCUGAAGAAUUUAAAAAAAAUGCAGCCUGAGUCAAAUGAACUGCUGCAUAGCAUGGAAUCCCUUCAAAUAGAUGCUGCACCAGCAGAUAGCAGCAAUGGUCAAGUAGAUCAGCCUAAUUCUCUGCACAGCUCCCAGGGUCCCAUGACCAGCGAGGUUAAUGAAGCCCUGUUUGCUGCCUCCCCUGAGAACCAGCCCGUUGAGAGCUGUGAGACCUCAUUUGUACCACCUGAUAAUCUGGAAAGAAAACUUCAGUAUGAAUACAACUACCACGCCUUUGGGAGCCGGAUGGAUAAAGCAGUUCCACCUGUGUUGUACAGCCCUGAAAUGAUAGAGGAGGAGAGGAGACGGAGAGUUUCCUGUGAUCCGUUUGCAAAGCCAUCCCCUACUUCUCAACUGAGUGAACUGUAUCCAAGAGCUGAAAAAACAGGAUCAAACACUAAUCCAUAUUUCUGGCCACCAGCAGCUGCAACAACACCAAAACAAAAUGUAGAUUUUUAUUAUGGGCCCAGUCCCAACAGUCUUUCAACAGGAAACCUGGUGGAUCCCUAUGGAUUGUGUUCAGCUAGUAACUUUAGCCUAAGUAAACAUCCUGUGCCAGAAUCUGGACAAAACCUGACAUCACCGACCAAUGUAAACUGGUAUUCAAAGAAUUCAGACACAGAUACAGGUUACAGGGAUUCCACUUCUUUCCCAAGGGGAACGUUUGCAUACUAUCCUAGUGUAUCCAGAGUAAGCUCAGAUGAUUCAGUCAAGUACAACAUAACUAACAGCUCUGGAAUUCAAAUUGGAUCCUACAAUCACAUGAAAAUUGAAGAUCAGAAUCCACAUGUCAGCACUUGUUCUGUUGCUAUGGAAGAUAUUUAUUCUCAUUAUGAAGCAGUGGGUGUAUUUGACAAUACUACUGUCCUGACAGAAAAGCAUCUGAAUCUAGUGAGGGAAAAGCUGGCUAAGCAGUGGAAGCACUGUGCUCGGAAACUGGGCUUCAGUGAUCCCGAGAUUGACGAAAUCGAUCAUGACUACGAACGAGAUGGACUAAAGGAAAAAGUUUACCAAAUGCUGCUCAAGUGGGUGAUGAGGGAAGGUGCCAAAGGUGCUACAGUUGGAAAACUGGCCAAGGCCCUCUUUGGCUGUCAAAGACUGGAUCUCCUUAGUAGUUUGAUGCAAAUCCAAGAAGAAUAAGUUUACUGAGAACAGACUUUCCAGAGCUCUCCUUUUGCACACUUUUGGAACCUAUUUUUUAACCAACCAGUUAAUACCUCCAGUAAAUCAAAAAGUGCCCGUCACAAUAUUCUGGUCUUCCAAAGGAUAAAAAAAAAAGCAUCUUCCUUCCAAAUAGAACGAUUGUCCAAAGAUGAUAACAACAAAAUACAAGACAAGUAUCAAUUCAAGGAGAAUGCAUUACUCAAAAUUUCUACAUUCUACUCUUGAAACAUGUUGGUAGUCUCAUUCAGUUCCGAAGAUUGACCUAUUGGUUGAAAAACUUGUAUAGAAACUAAAAUCAACCCUUACAUUUUGCUAAAAGUGCCAAUAUUUAUCAUGCCAAUAUUUGACUGGUUGAAGUCAAUGAUAUUUUUCAAAUAUUUUUAUAAUUUUUAUUAAAUAUAGAUGUAUACAAUUAUGCACAACACCAGCAUAAAUAAAAGCAAAACCUAUUUCUGGCUUUAAAACUCUGUAAUUGAUAUUUUAUAGUUAUAAUGUUGCAUUAGAUUUUUACAUUGUUUGGUAGAAAAGAUUUUACAGGGUAAGAGUCUCAUCAGCUUUAUGAA